UAUUAACCAAUAACUCAAGGCAGUCGUCACAAUGUGGCAAUGUACGAGGAGUGAAUCUUUCAAUACAGACUGUUACACGUUGCUCUCACUUGUAUAUCUUCAUUGUUUCAGUGCAGUUCCAUGUUGAAGAAUCCAUCCAAUGUAACACAAAGGUUGUUUUGAUGACACGUUCUGUAUUCUAAGCACCAAGCAGACUUUGACCUCUCAGGAUCUCCUUCAGAUUUGAAUAGCAAUGUCCACACAAUGUUGCAAAACAGCAAUGAAAUGGUACAUCUGGAGAUCCAGAGAGAUACCAAGUUGAAAGGACUGGUGGUGUGGGUCACAGGAGCCUCCAGUGGCAUAGGGGAGGAGCUGGCUUACCAACUAGCUGGAUGUGGGUCUCGUUUGAUUCUAUCUGCCCGCCGUGUGGAUCAGUUGGAUAGGGUGAAACUUCACUGUUUGGAGCGCUCCAACUUGAAAGAUAAGGAUAUUCUUGUUCUUCCACUUGAUUUGCUGGAGAGAGCAUCCCAUGAGGCAAAAAUGAAAACUGCUAUCCAGCACUUUGGCAAUAUUGACAUCCUGGUUAACAAUGGUGGCCGCAGCCAGCGUUCUCUGUGCCUGGAGACCAGUGUGGAUGUGUACCAGGCGCUGAUGGAGCUCAACUUUCUGGGCACAGUGUCACUUACCAAGCAGGUGUUGCCCCACAUGACGCAGCGAGGGUCGGGCAGUGUAGUUACUGUAAGCAGUGUGGUCGGCCUGGCUGGGGCACCUCUGGCAACUGGAUACUCUGCCAGUAAACACGCUCUUCAGGGCUUCUUCAAUUCUCUUCGAACAGAGCUGACUGAAUACCCAAGGAUACUCAUCAGCACAGUAUGUCCAGGGCCUGUACAGUCACAGAUAGUCCAGAAUGCUUUCACAGAAGAAGUGGGAAAGGCCAUUCCCACUGCUGGGGACCAGCAACACAAGAUGGUCACUAGUCGUUGUGUGCGUCUCAUCCUGGUGGGUAUAGCCAAUGGCAUCAAGGAGAUGUGGAUUGCCCAGCAGCCCUUUCUGCUGUUCUACUAUGUGUGGCAGUAUGCUCCCACCUGGGCCUGGUUCAUCACUGAUAUGCUGGGCAGGAAGAGGGUGCAGAACUUCAAGGCUGGCCUGGAUGCAGACUCUGCGUACUUCACAAAGCCAAAGCCCAAGUCUUCCUGAAAGGCAUUCCAAAUGCUUGAGCUCCAACUUGAAAUGGGUGAACUUGAAUCUGGAAGCAAUUGUCUCAUUUUUGGCUGUACUAAAACAUUUUCCUUUCAGCUCUCUUCACAAAGCAGAAGAAUAGGGAUGAGGGUGGAAAUAGAGACAUUGAAGAUUUUUCUCUAGCCUACGAAAUUAGGAUGUGUCCAGGCUGACUCAGUUGAUGGGGGGAAAAAAGUAUUUCAGAAUAAGGAGGAACAUUAAAUUGAUUGUCUGAUAGGUGGAGUAUAAUUAAUGCACUCCCCACAGAUCUGUGAUGAAUGUCUAUAGCACUGACCAAUCUCCAGUAAACAAUAGCCUAUCAGGUUUCUUUGAAAACGUUAAGUGUAUAUACAAUUACACACCAGUAUGUACAAGAGAACAUUAGUUAGUCUUAACAAGAACUGUAAACAAAAUUAUAGCAAAAUUAAGACCAACUGAAAGGCACAUCCUUGUAUUUAACACUGAAUAAUAAUAUAAAAAAGCAACAUUUUUGUCCAAUUUUGUCUUUGGGAGCAUUACAUAACUGUAUUUGAGGGAAAACAAUUACUAAAUAAGUUUAUCAUGAAAUUGGCACUGUGUUGGCUGUCCACGAUUAAAUUUAAUUUACACAUGAUACAAUUGUUUUUUCCAGAAUGAUAAAUGUAUUCUGAAUAAUUAUAUCCCAUGUAAAUGUUGUUUUCUCCAGAAAGCUGAUAUUUCGUUGUUUGAACUAGUACCACACCUUUGUUAAUGUCGCUCCUGCAUGAAUGAAACCAUUUGUUUUAAUCUGCCUUCCAGGUACUUUCCUAAGAUACCCUUGUGCAGGGGUAGGCGACUAGAUUCACUUGUAAACUGCAAAUUGACCACAAAUAAGCCCAAAAGAGAUUGAAUUGAGCAAAAAAUGAUUUCAUACAUUGAGACAUGAGCACCUGUUUUUAUUUGUAGAAACACUUUUUGUCAAAUUUCUAGUGAUUAUAUUUUUUUCACAAACUAAAAUCCCCAAAAUACA